AUGGCUUCUGCAGAAAUACGCUCCCAAAUUUGUCGAGUCCAGUGUUACUAUGUAAGGCUAAGCCACCUCUUCCACCUCAUCUCUUUUGUCAUUGGCAUCUCACUUGGAACGGUCGCUUGUUUGUACCUCAAGAGCUUCACUACCACGUUGAGUGCCACCAUCACCAUGUACCAUGUCUCUUCCUCAUCUUCCCUGCCACUCCAAGAACUAACCUCGCCGCCGCGGCCGCGGCCUCCACCGUGCCUUUUGCAUAACAUGAGUGACGAGGAGUUGCUAGCAAAAGCAACCAAUAGUGCAGGAGAAGCAUCACCACAAGGAGAACAAACCCCCAAACUGGCUUUCUUGUUCCUGACUCACGGCCCAUUGCCCUUUUCCCCAUUGUGGGAGACCUUCUUCCGUGGUUCCACCGGCCUUUACUCCAUUUACGUGCACCCGCACCCUUCCCACCUCGACUCGUGGCCUCAAAUUUCCCCAUUUUACGGUACCAGAAUCCCUAGCAAGGUCGUCCACUGGGGAAGCAGCACCAUGGUCGACGCGGAGAGACGCCUCUUGGCCAGCGCCCUCCUCGACCCGUCCAACCGGAGGUUCGUCCUGCUCUCCGAGUCGUGCGUCCCGCUGUUCGACUUCGCCACCACGUAUCGUUACCUCAUGGGCUCGAGCCGGAGCUUCCUCAGCUCCUACGACGAUCCACGAAGUGCCGGGCGCGGCCGCUACAACCCCAGGAUGCAGCCGGCCAUCAACGCCACCCAUUGGAGGAAAGGGUCGCAGUGGUUCGAGCUCGAUCGAGACCUGGCCCUGAGGAUCGUGUCGGACCGGAAGUACUACAGGGUGUUUGAGGAGCACUGCAGACGGCGGUGCUACAUGGACGAACACUAUAUUCCGACGAUGGUGAACAUGUUGUGGGCCGAGAGGAGCUGGAACCGGAGCGUGACUUGGGUCGACUGGUCGCGGAGCGGGGCCCAUCCGAGGCGGUUUGGGCGGGCCGAUGUAACCGACGGGUUAUUGAACCGGAUCAAACAUGGGUCCAGGUGUGUUCGGGAUGGGAACGUCACGUCUGUUUGUUACCUUUUCGCUCGCAAGUUCUCGCCCGAUGCUUUGGAGCCGUUGUUGAAGGCUCAAAACUCCUCCAUGUAA